AUGCUCAUCCUGUUCGGUAUCCCGUACGUCGACGCGCCGAUGGAGGCCGAGGCCGAGUGCGCGUCGCUCCUCACGCGCGAGCUCGUCGACGGCAUCGUCACGGACGACUCGGACGUGUUCCUGUUCGGCGGGUCGCGCAUCUACCGCAACAUGUUCAACGAGGCCAAGUACGUCGAGUGCUACCUCCUCGCCGACCUCGAGCGCGAGAUCGGCCUCGACCGCGACAAGCUCGUCCGCCUGGCGUACCUCCUCGGGAGCGACUACACCGAGGGCCUGCCCGGCGUCGGCCCUGUCGCAGGGCGCGAGCUUCUCGAAGAGUUCCCGGGCAAGCACGGGCUCGAGCGGUUCAGAGACUGGUGGGACCGGGUCCAGAGCGGCAAGGACUCGGAGCAGGAGACCAACACGUCGUGGAAGCGGCGCUUCGUGCGUCCAAUCUCCCUCUCUCUCUCUUCUAAGAAGGGCCACAAGGAGCUCAUCCUCGACAAGGGCUGGCCGCCAAAAGACGUCGCCGAGGCGUACUACCGGCCGACCGUCGUCGAGAGUGACGAGCAGUUCUCGUGGAGCGGCGUCGACCUCGACGGCCUGCGCUUCUACCUCAACCGCUCGCUCGGCUGGGACCAGGUCAAGACGGACUCGCUCCUCUUGCCCCUCAUCAAGCGCGACCAGGAGCGCAAAGCCGGCGCGCUCCGCAAGCAGCCCGUCAUGACCGACUUCUUCGACUAUACGGCCGGCGACGCACCGUUCUCGCGCAAGAAGCAGCCCAAGUACGCGAGCAAGCGCCUGCAGAACGUCGUCCAGGUGCGUCCAGCCUCGUCCUCCCUCUCAAGCCUCACUCUGGACCCGAGCUGA